CGUUCGUUUCAGUGUUUCACGUUCACUCCUAAUCGAGUGUUUUGUUGUUGACGGUCGGGCGUUGCUGCAGUUGUUGACGUUCGUUCUAGCUGCCUCUCCCCCCCUCUUUUUCUCUGUAAUUUUUUUACCGCGGUGCGUUUGUUCCGUACAGGCUAAAACAUUCCCACGAAGUACGAUUCGCGUUAAAAUAAUUUGUAUUAUUACGGUUUUUCACGAAAACAACUUACAGCUAUUGACUAUAAUUAUUAAUAUUUUUUUUUAACGCACGCGUCGAACGCGGAACGGUCAGCGUUUCAAAAUUCGCGUAACGUUAUCACAAUAUAUAUAUAUUUUUUAUUAUCAUCAAAACACGUUGAAAGGGUGACUGCAGAUUAUAAUAUACACACACACGGUACGCGAGACCAUGGAGUAGGAAGAGGAGGCGCGAGGAAGCGCAUGUUAUCGUCCGUACGCGACUACUGUUACCACUUACCACUGUUACGGGCCACCAGCGUGUAUUUUCAAUUUUCAUCCAGUGACUGCUGCUAGAUGCAGCAACGACACAAAAUACAAUAAUCGGUUUAUUACUUUUCAUUAUCACGUUUACCUCCUUUGGUCGUCUGCGUUUGUAAUAAAAUAUUUUGGUCUUUUUCACCUGGAUUUUUACACUAUUAUUAUUAUUAAUUUUACCAUCACAUCGUUAGUUCUACUGCAGUUGUCGUUGUCAGCUUAGCGACCAUACAGAUUUCACCGAUUUCUCUUUCCUCCGGGUGGGUGGUUCGUCUACGACGGUAGUUUGCUAAGAAAAAAAAUAAAUCUAAAAAACAACACACUCACAUCUGACUUUUUGGCAUAUUUAAAACGGCGACGGAGGGUCAGUCCAAAUGGGUCGGGUGACCACUAACAACAUGCUGGUGCAUGUGUGUGUGGAUGAAACGUGAAAGUGUUUUCAUGAUAACUAUUGGACGACGCUGCGGCAGUCUGACAUCACCAUGGCCCAGCAGCAGCAAGCCCAAAACAAAUUAUUCACUUAUUCGGUGAUCGAGCGUAAGGAUGAGAUCGAAGAGAAAUACGAGCGGUGCUAUCUCAUGUUGCAAAGCAUCACCAACGGACUCAAUGACCGUGAAUACCACGAUGCGCUCACCAGUCACAUUAGCAAAGACAAAAGUCAAGAAGAAGUCAUCAGCGUGGGACUGUUGACGGCGAUACUGUUGGAUCCCAAAAAUGCCGAUAAGAUAUAUAGAGAUCUCACGUUAUUAUCACGUGACGGUCUACAAAGUGUUAUAGCCAAUUUACAACAAUUUACUUUAGAAAAAUGGAGUCGACUUUUAGAUAUUCCAAAAAAACAGCUGUUGUGGUUGGUUCGUGAAAUGGUACGCAACAACAUAGCCGGAGUUGACAAUCUAUGUUGGAAUUUGAUGAGAAAUGCUGCUGGUGGUGACGUAUCUCCAUCCAAUGUAGCAUUAAUAGAAUAUUUCUUAGACCUUUACCAAGAACACCGAAAAUGGUUAGAAAGAUUUCCCUGGCUGAUAGCGUCGGUUGUUUAUUCUUUUUUACGUUUUAUUGAAGACCACAGUAACUUGAUCGCUCUACGCAAUAAAGAAGUUGCAUUUACAAUAUCUUUAUUAAGAGAUCGGUUUACAGACUGCUUGGUUAUUGGCCGUGAUUUGAUAAGGCUACUACAGAAUGUGUCAAAAAUACCAGAAUUUGAAGCCCUGUGGAAGGAUUUGUUAUACAAUCCCUAUUCUUUAAGCACAAGUUUAACAAAUGGAGUUAUUCAAAUACUGGAAACCAGAACAUCAAGAAGAUUCUUACAAUCAAGGCUUACUCCUGAUAUGGAACGAAAACUAGUAUUUUUCACCUCAUCAGUUCGAUUUGGUCAUCAUAAACGCUAUCAAGAAUGGUUUCAAAAUAAAUACUUAAACACGCCAGAAGCGCAAUCUCUAAGAAGUGAUUUGAUUCGAUUUAUUGUUGGUCUGAUACAUCCAACAAAUGAAUUAUUGUGUUCUGAUAUUAUACCACGAUGGGCCGUGAUCGGUUGGCUAAUUACAUCGUGCACAUCAAAUAUAGCUUUGGCCAACGCUAAAAUGGCCUUAUUUUACGAUUGGGUUUGCUACGACCCAAAACACGAUAACAUAAUGAAUAUAGAACCAGCAAUUUUAGUGAUGCUCAACUCGUUACGAAUUCAUCCCACAGUAACAGCAAGCUUAUUGGAUUUCUUAUGCCGAAUUAUUACUAAUUUUUAUCCCGCUCAAUCGGAACGUAUACGCAAUGGCAUAUUUGUAUCGUUACGACAGAUUCUAGACAAACGCGUGUUACCUUCAUUAGUUCCAUUGUUCACAAAUACUCGUUUAGACGGUGAAUUACGAGCUAUGCUACAAAGCAACUUUCGUGAAUUUUGCGAUCCACCUGCAGUCGAAGGUGUAACUUUGAAAGAUGACGAUAUGAAAGAUAAUAUCGGUAUGUCAGUCAAAGAAGAAAAUAUGUCCGGGUCUGAAAAUGAAGAUGUUACUUUUAGUGAUGAAGAGUCGGAUAUGAGUCCUAAAAAAUUGAUUGUGAUUGAAAACAACAGUAUACCGCAUGUGAAAGUGAAGCUAAAAGAUAAAAAUUCUUUGCCACCUGAUAUCGACAAAGAAGCUUUACAAGUAUUAGGAAAAGAAUUGAGGCUUGAAACUGAAAAUCUUUAUUAUGAAAAGAACAACGAGAGAAAAUGUGAAGCAAUGGAAAAAAUAGUACAGUUAAUUGUUCAAGACGACGAGAUAUAUCCUGAUAUGUUAGCCGCUUUAGGCUCAUGUUUGUGUUGUCUUUUGAAAAAUCAAAUUGAUGAAAAGAUCUUUCCAGUGGUGUACAAUGAGGACGCUUUAGAAGACAGUAUUGGGAAGCCAUUAUUUGUCAUGUUUCGCAGCCUUACCCAAUUUGCAGAAGACGAUUCUCGUCGUUUGCAAUUACUAUCGGUGUUGGCUGAAAUGAGAACACACCAAACACGCAUUGGUUACUUGUUACUAUAUUACCUACAAGUGAUCACAUUGUUGAAUAAUAAUUCUGAUAGAAAGACCAAUAAAGGUAUUAAGUCAAAUGUAUACAAAGAAUAUUGUGAAACUCAGGAUAUUGAAUUAAACGAAUGUCUUUUAAGCGAUCUUCAGUUGUGUCAAGACGACGACUCGUCUAUGUUUUGCUGGCUUGUCCCUGCUGUUUAUAAUCAAUUUUCUAAAAUCACUGUUGGAAACGAAGAUUUCUUACAUUUAGUCGUUUCUACUGUCAACGGUUCACAAAUACAAGAAAUAAUUUGUUUAAUUUUACAAGGUAAAUUAACAAUGUUCCGAGCUGAAUCGGUUCCAGCAUUGGCUACUUGCUCGUUGAACUGGGAAACUUUGGAACAGUAUUUUUUCUGGCAGUUAAUAUCUGCACACGAUAUUGAUAUCAAGGUGAUACUGUCAAAUAUCACAAAACUAGACUUCAACAAUCAUUCAGAAGCUUUAACUAGUAUUUUGUUGAUGCUGAAAAGAGAAAAGCCCACAUUAGAUUUAUUGAAACCUAUACUGUGUAGAGAAAUUAAGCCCUUAAACGACCAAUUUGUCAUAUCUGUGAUAUCUAGUUGGUAUUUAGAACACGGAGAAAACAUAGCCAAUCUAGUCUCCGAAUUGUUGAUUAGCCGAUGUCCAAUAGUCUCCCCGACGAAAAGAAAACGAGGUCAAGGACAAGGUUUGGGUUCGAGAGGAGGUGUAUCGCCACCGACCGCCGAACGUAUUUUGGGUCAUAUGGAACGAGUUCGCAGUCAGGGCACUUGUCCGGUACUGUUUCGUUCUGAAGGUAUGCAAAAAGCUUUGCAAAUAGCACAAGCGGCCUGUACGGAUACGCAGCGUAUGCUGUUUAGCAACCUAUUCCAAUUGCUCGAAGAGGAUGAACCGCACGUGCCUACGUUGGCAAACAAGAAUUCAACUGGUGGUGGUGGUGGAGGUGUUGGAAAAGGUAGGGGCAGAAAGGCCGCUCCUACGUUUGGCAAUAGCAAUAAAAGAAAUGCUAAGUCUGUGAUAAAAGACCCACUGUCGGAAAGCUCUGAAGAUUCUAGUGAAGAAGAAGAAGUUAUUAAGCCACGGCAAACUAAAAAACGUAGAAAAAUUAAUGCUGUCGCGUCGGACAGCGAUUGAUGUUUAGCACCCAAUGGAAGACUAAUUUUAAUGUUAAAACCCCUAAGGUUUACACUAUUUUGUAUAGAUUUUAUUGUUGUCACAUAUUUUUUCUCCCAUUUGCCUUUUUUUAUGUAAAACUGUUGUUAAAAAAAAAGAAAACUGGUAGGAGCCUUUUUUUUUUUUUAAUGUUAAUAGAUUAACAUGUUGAUUUAGUGUAGUACAUUAUUUUUAUUGUUUGUAAUGUGACUCUGUCUUUGUAUAUACUAAUAUUUUCAGUAUGAAUAUAUUUAAGUAACUUAAUUUUUAUAGUGAUUGUGUUAUUACUUAAUACUUAUUAUGUUUUUUAUUGUU